UCUCCUGUUCCACAUCUCGCUACCCUGUUCUGGAUUCAACUCAUCACUUCCUUGGAUUCCCCUCCAGACCUGUUUACCCUGUCCCAACCCAGCUCACUCCAACCUCAGCCUCCAUAACUGGUUUCCUACAACUCAUCACUUCCUUGGAUUCCCCUCCAGACCUGUUUACCCUGUCCCAACCCAGCUCACUCCAACCUCAGCCUCCAUAACUGGUUUCCUACAACUCAUCCAGGCUUUGCUGGAUCUGCACUUCAUCUCUAUUAAGCAUUAAGAAGGAAAGAAAUUCAACAGAUUAACCUUUAACAAGGCACACCUGUUAAUUGAAAUUCCAGGAGGACGUGCAGGGAUGAGACCCAUGGACCACAGUGUGCUGAAAUGUUGUCUCUUCUCCCUAUUCUUGCUAACAGUAUCUGCAUCAGGCACUCUAUCCAACGCAGCAGUUCCUACUAUCCAACCACUAUCUAAUACAGCCAGUGCCUCCCAACCAGCCAACACAGCCACUUCAUCCAGUGCAACGACACCCUCCUGUACAACACGUCGAUGUCUGGCCAGCAUGCUGAUUGCGAAAGAAGCUCGGAGUCCGCCACAGUCUCCACGGUGCAUCUCAAUUAUUCGUGUGCCGUCAAUCGUGUACGAAACUCUGUCUGUCGAUACAAAAAACCUCCGCUUCGAGAGUCGUCUGGAAGUCCCGCUGUCUUGGGAAGACCCUGAUUUAUCAUGGAACACAUCAGUCUAUCAUCAUGAUGUGGUGGUCCUGCCUGUCAGCAAAAUCUGGACUCCUGAACUCCAUGUGACUAAUGGAGUGCAAACAACGAUGAAGCACAGCAACAAGGAUUUGCUGGUGCACAGCAACGGGACUAUAGAGCACAUGGUCAUCAUGAACACUGUGGUGGGCUGUGAGGUCAAUCUGUACAAUUACCCCUUCGCUUCAGAUUUCUGUGCCAUCGCCCUUAAUGUGUGGGCAAUUAGUGGAUGUGGCAUGUUCCUGGACUUUGGGAAUGUGAGCAAAACUAGUGCAAACCGUGGGGACUGGCUAACCGAGGAGGUGGAACUCAAUGCUAAAGGAGGCAGAGAUGAUCGCAACUAUCUUUGGGUGUCGCUGAAAAUGCGGUCUGAAAACCCGUUUCUGUCCCUGGUCCUGCCCAGUAUACUAAUCAUCUUGGCUGAUGUGGGCAGCUUCUCCCUGCCGCUGGGAGAGAGCAAGCGCAUCCCCUUCAAGGUUAAACUGGUUCUCAGCUUCAUCAUGUUCCUCAACAUCCUCAAGGACCUUCUGCCUGGAGGAGGCCAGUGCAGCCCCAUCAUCCGAAAGCACUUCUGUUUCUGUUUGGUCAUCCUGGUGUUGAGCACGUUGCAGUCUAUGGUGCUCACACGCCUGGCUAAGUGUGGCACUCUCUGGCCCUGCAGCCUCUCCAAGUCCAAAGACUCACUGCUUAAAGACACAGACAAUGAAGAUGCCUCAGAGGAAGAGAAGAAUACAGCCCUCCAGAAGGUGGUGAAGUUUCUCAACAAAAUGGCUGCACAAGACCACAAAAAUGCUUUACACCAUCGCUUUGCCAACAAAGUGGACUUGAUCUGUUUCUGUAUCUAUCUCACCGUCCUCAUCGUUUAUGCAGUCGUCAUUUUAUUUUUCUCCUUUGGUUCUCAAUGUGAGAUCAACCAUUUAGAAUUCUGGCAUUAAAUUCUUUAUUUGCGUUUAACAAUGAUAUGUAAAUAAACAUAAAGUAUGUGUGUAUUCUUCAGUAGAGAUUUAACAAUAUUUAUUUCAAUAUCUUUGAAACACCUCUGCAUAUCUAUCCAUUUUCCAUUCUUCCUGUGCCAUCCAAAUUCCUGCAUAGCCUACUGGUCAACGUACUGUAGUCAAAAAUAAUGCGAACGAUGAUGGUCAGCGAUGAAGAUGCGUCUAGCAACUUGCUGGUGCCGAGGCCCAGCAUGAUGACUCAAUCACGAUUUAUGAUAUUGUCUGAAUGACAGACCAUCUGGGGGCUAUUACAGGGGUCAAACACCUUAUCUGUGGCAAUCUCGAUGAAAACACAUUCCCAUGGAAGUCCUGGGUUGUCACUGACGCCAGGAUAAGAUGUAAAGACGGAUGAAACUUGAAUCGACUAAAUGAAUGUUACUGUGUGAAUGAAAUUGUCAUGUUUGGAUUGUUUCAAGAGUUCAUAAAGGGCUAUGUAUUUUUAUAUGUUUUAUAAUACUAUGCUAUGCAUUUUUAUAUGUUUUAUAAUACUAUGCUAUGUAUUUUUCUACGCUUUUAAGACUUAGGAUAUUUUGUAUUCUCUUUAUCGUGAAGAUUACUGGUAUGUACCAUUUGCUAAUUGCAUUCUUAUUGCGUAACUGUAAU